AAACUGGUCGCAGUACCGUGUCAAAAUCGGUAAAUUUGUGCCGGAGGAUAUACCCGCCGAUCUUUGCACGCAUAUUAUAUUUGCCUUCGGUUGGCUGAAGAAGGGAAAGCUUAGCUCCUACGAGUCCAAUGACGAGACUAAAGACAACGUUCCAGGAUUGUAUGAGCGAAUGAUGAAUCUACGCAAGGCAAACCCCAAGCUGAAGAUACUUCUUGCGCUAGGCGGUUGGUCGUUUGGUACCCAAAAGUUUAAGGAGAUGUCCGCCACCCGCUAUACACGUCAGACAUUCGUUUACUCGGCCAUACCAUUCCUGCGCAAGCGCGGAUUUGAUGGUCUGGACAUGGAUUGGGAGUACCCGAAGGGUUCCGAUGACAAAAAGAACUUUGUGUUGUUGCUUAAGGAAUUGCGCGAGGCGUUCGAGGCUGAGGCUCAGGAGCUAAAGAAGCCACGUCUCUUGCUCUCCGCCGCAGUCCCAGUGGGUCCCGAUAACGUGCGAGGAGGCUAUGAUGUGCCAGCCAUUGCCAGUUACUUGGAUUUCAUAAAUCUAAUGGCCUACGAUUUCCACGGCAAAUGGGAGCGCGAGACUGGACAUAAUGCACCUCUCUAUGCGCCCUCCUCGGACUCCGAAUGGCGCAGACAACUCUCCGUAGACCAUGCAGCCGGGCUGUGGGUAAAAUUGGGUGCUCCCAAGGAGAAACUUGUCAUCGGCAUGCCCACCUAUGGCCGCUCCUUUACACUGGCGAACACCGACAAGCAUGGUCCGAAUGCGCCGGCAACUGGGGGAGGACGCGAAGGCAUCUAUACCAAGGAGAGUGGCUUCCUGGCCUACUACGAGAUCUGCGAGAUGUUGCAAAACGGAGCUGUGUAUGUGUGGGACGACGAGAUGAAGGUACCCUACAUGGUGGAUGGUGACCAAUGGGUUGGUUUCGACGACGAGCGGGCCAUACGAAACAAAAUGCAUUGGAUAAAGAAUAACGGUUUCGGCGGUGCUAUGGUGUGGACCAUAGACAUGGAUGACUUUAAGGGUGAGGUGUGUGGUGGUAAUGUGAAGUACCCGCUAAUUGGGGCCAUGCGUGAGGAGCUGUUAGGAAUUUCACGUGGCAAGGAGGCCAAAGAUGUUAACUGGACCGCAGUUGCUUCAACAUUCGAGGACAUUGAAGAGAAACCAGAACCUAUUCAAAUUUCUGUCGAUGAGGUUCUCAGCAAGGUGCGAAGACCACAGCCAGGAAAGAAACAACGCAUUAAGUCCGGCCUGAACGCAAUUGAACAAAACACACGUCCAGCCCAGGUCUUCUGUUAUCUAACUAGCUGGUCUGCCAAACGUCCAGGAGCUGGCAAAUUCGAACCAUCGAACAUCGAUCCUAAGCUCUGCACACACAUUGUCUAUGCGUUUGCAACGCUGCAGGAUUACAAGCUCGCAGAGGCCACAGAUGAUGAUCCCGAAAACUAUGAGAGUGUAAUAGCUCUGCGCGAUACUAACCCCGACCUGCAGAUACUGCUGGCUAUCGGUGGCUGGGCCUUCGGCUCCACACCCUUCAAGGAGCUCACCUCAAAUGUUUUCCGCAUGAACCAAUUCGUGUACGAGGCCAUCGAUUUUCUGCGCGACUACAAGUUCAACGGUCUAGACGUCGACUGGGAAUAUCCACGUGGCGCUGAAGAUCGCGUCGCCUACGUGAACCUGCUUCGCGAAUUGCGGGUGGCAUUUGAUGGCGAAGCUAAGUCGUCUGGCCUGCCCCGGCUACUCCUUACAGCGGCAGUUCCUGCCUCUUUCGAGGCCAUUGCGGCCGGCUAUGAUGUACCUGAAAUUUCAAAGUACCUGGACUUCAUCAAUGUGAUGACCUACGACUUCCAUGGUCAAUGGGAGCGAACGGUAGGACAUAAUUCACCGUUGUUCGCCCUGGAAUCGGCCACAUCAUACCAAAAGAAGCUGACCGUAGACUACAGCGCAAGGGAAUGGGUGAAACAAGGAGCGCCAAAGGAGAAACUACUCAUUGGUAUGCCAACCUAUGGACGCAGCUUUGAGUUGGUUAACGACACCCAAUUCGAUAUUGGAUCCCCGGCAUCGGGCGGUGGUAAACCAGGGAAAUUCACUAAUGAGGCCGGAUUCCUCAGUUACUACGAAGUUUGUACUUUCCUGGCGGCUGACAACACUACGCUUGUGUGGGACUCCGAACAGCAAGUGCCCUUCGCCUAUAGGGGAAAUCAAUGGGUUGGCUUUGACGACGAACGCUCGCUAAAGACGAAGACCGAAUGGCUUAAGGAGCAAGGCUUCGGUGGAAUUAUGGUCUGGUCUAUUGAUAUGGAUGACUUUUCGGGUCGCUGUGGAGGUGGAAAAUAUCCAUUGCUAACCGCUUUGAACCAAGAGCUGGCGGACUACAAAGUAGUCGAUCCUGAGGCGUAUUCACCUCGAGGCGCUUACACCACGAAAGAUCCUCACGAGGUGACCUGUGCGGAGGAAGACGGCCAUAUCAGCUACCACAAGGAUUGGGCAGAUUGUACGCAUUACUAUAUGUGCGAGGGGGAACGGAAGCAUCAUAUGCCCUGUCCUGCAAACCUGGUCUUCAAUCCCCAGGAGAAUGUGUGCGAUUGGCCCGAGAAUGUGGAGGGUUGUCACACACCCACAGAGGCACCCGCCUAAGCCCCACCCACCCCCUCCACAAAUUGACAGCCCUUCAGCGUUUCAAACUGGCUAACCUACAAAUGUGAAUGCUGUCUGUCUCCCACACUUAGUUAUUAAUUCGAUGUUGUCACCAAACUUCUUUG